UAAGCGCUGAAUGGACAACCGACCCGGGGAGUCCACCUGGAUUUCUCUGUUUUGUUACCUUGGCCAGCAGUGUCGCUGCAUUGCUUGCAUGACUUGUGAUCCUUUUUCAGGGAAUGGAAGGGUUAAGCUUGCUCCAAGCUGAAUAUACAGACAGCACUGAAUAAAUAAGUCGCUGACUUUUGUUUUUUUCCUUUUAAAACGCUCUAUUCUCUGAAGUCAACUCCAAAGGAAUCUAAGUGUGUGGAUAAGAGACAUGGCUGUAAUCCUCCACAUUCCUAUAGUUUACUCAAAUUAAAAACUCUAAAGAUGCAUAUAUGCAAUUCAUUUUACAGCUUCCUGAUGGUUGAAAUUGCAAGAUAGGUUUUGGCAGGCACUAUACUUUCACCUGUAAUGAAGAGGCUCUGCUAUCCUUAGAAGAACUUGUGAAGUAUGUACUAUGUUGUUACUAUACUAUUGCCAGUAUGCACGUGUUCGGAUACUACUGAUGUUCUUGACGAAAACAAAGUUGAAAAUGUGCUGUUACUGAUGUUCUUGUUUUCUUUUGUUAGACUAGUAUGAUCGUUCAAGUUUGAAGCCAAUAUCAAUAUAUAGUAUGAUGUUUGCAUCUGUUGCCCUGUUGGGCAUUCCAAGUUCAUAAUUCUUACAGACCUCCAUAAAACAAUAGGACAAAAGUCAAACAUGGAUAUGCAAAAUUUCCUUUUAUUUCUGGGAAAUCUGUCACUUUUAUGUCCAGCUGUGCAUAUCGAGAUUAAUUCCCCAUCUUGUUUCAACAAAGAAUAUGUACAGUUUAUUUUUAUUUGUGGGAUAAAAUAUCUGUAAUAUCCAGCUCUGUUUACCAAUAUUAUUUAUUCCUCUUAUUCCAGCAGCGAUAAAUUCAACCCUGAUAAACACCAUGCUAAUUCAAAUUUAUGAAGUUCAACGCCCAAAGCAAAGCUAUAUAAGGCUGUUAGAUGUUAGCGGAAGGCCCAUCCAUUUUACAACCAUCCUGGUCUUCAACAAUCACCAAGUUCCCAGGUCAUGCACUAGGAAGAAAAAUGGUCAACUUCUCCAAGAAACUGACAACAGAUCAAAUUCCAGGAUGGGAGGAGUACUACUUCAACUACAAGCUCUUGAAGGACAGAGUAAAAGAUUACACAGAGCAGACAGAGGAAGGCAACCACGAUCGCAGGCGUGUUUUGAAGGACUUCUCAAAGUUACUUGAUGAUGAGAUUGAAAAGGUUGUGCUGUUCAUGAUAGAACAGCAAGGACUGAUUGCAGCAAGGCUUGAAGAUUUAGGGAAGAAAAAGGCAAGACUUCAAGAUUUACCAUUUCAGGAGAUAUCUGAACUAAGAGAAGACUACAGGGAAGUUGGCCUGGAUCUUGUAAAGCUCCUAAGAUUUGUCGAUAUUAAUGCCAAUGCAGUCCGCAAGAUACUGAAGAAAUUCGAUGAACGCUUGGGCUAUAAAUUUACAGAUUAUUAUGUCAGCAGCAGAUCAAACCACCCUUAUUCUCAGCUUCAGCAGGUUUUCAAGCAUGUGGGUAUUGGAGCUGUUGUUGGAGCGUUGUCUCGCAACCUUGGCGAUCUUGAGGAGCGUGAAGGAAGCUAUCUGAAUAUCUAUGACCAGCAUCCACUGGCCAUUCCAAAGGACCCUAUUAUCGAUCUGAUAAAGGCCACAGCUGACAAGCUGACGAACUCGACGAACUUCCUGCGGUUCUUGGGGCAGCACGCGCUUAUCGCGCAAGUGGACACCACAGGUUCAGAGGUGGAACACAUCGAGGAAGACAAGUACCAUUUCAUCUCCCUGGUGCUGAACCUGGUGAACACCUUCCUGUACAUGGUCAACACCUACAUCAUCGUCCCGACCGCCGACGACUACGCCACCAGCCUCGGCGCCGCCGCGACGGUGUGCGGCGUUAUCAUUGGGUCCAUGGCGGUCGCGCAGAUCUUCUCCUCGGUGUACUUCAGCGCGUGGUCCAACCGGUCGUACUUCAGGCCGCUGCUGUUCAGCAGCGUUGUGCUGCUUAUCGGCAAUGUGCUGUACGCUCUGGCCUACGAUCUUAACUCCCUGGCGAUCCUCCUCGUCGGCCGGCUUCUGUGCGGAUUUGGAUCUGCGAGAGCUGUGAACAGGAGGUACAUCAGCGACUGUGUUCCUCCUAGGAUCCGAAUGCAGGCUUCUGCAGCAUUCGUCAGUGCUAGUGCUCUUGGAAUGGCCUGCGGUCCUGCGCUUGCCGGCGUGCUUCAGACAAACUUGAAGGUGUCUGUUUUCACUAUCAACCAAGCCACCUUGCCUGGCUGGGUCAUGGCGUUUGGGUGGUUCGUGUACCUGAUCUGGCUGUGGAUUUCGUUCAGAGAGCCAGCUCUUGAUCCUGACGUGAAAGAUUUCCAUGAGGGUUCCUCUAGCAGCUCUAGUACAGGACAUUUGGAUCAAGAAGAAAUAGAGCAGGGCCUUGCGGAACAACUGAUGCCCUCAUACGAAGAUGACCGGACCAGUCAGGGUGCAAGAUUGUCUGCACCGUCAGCUCUUAGGCCGGCUUCUUCGGUUGUUUCAGCUUACAGGUUACUCACACCGUCAGUGAAGGUCCAGCUGCUGAUCUACUUCAUGCUGAAAUACGCGAUGGAGAUCCUGCUGUCGGAGUCGAGCGUGGUGACCAGCUACUACUUCGGCUGGAACACCAGCACCAUCGCCGUGUUCCUCGCCAUCCUGGGGCUCACCGUCCUGCCCGUCAACGCCAUCGUCGGCACCUACAUCAGCAACAUGUUCGAGGACAGGCAAAUCCUGGUGGCGUCGGAGGUGGUGCUGCUGGCGGGUGUCCUGCUGAGCUUCCGCGUGGCGGGCACGCCGUACACGGCGGCGCAGUACGUGUGCUCGGCGCUGCUGACGUUCGUGUCGGCGGAGGUGCUGGAGGGCGUGAACCUGUCGCUGCUGUCGCAGGUGAUGUCGUCGCGGCUGUCGCGCGGCACGUACAACGGCGGCCUACUGUCGACGGAGGCCGGCACGCUGGCGCGGGUGGCGGCGGACGGCACCAUCACGCUGGCCGGCGGGCUCCUCGGCCGGGCGGCGCUCCUCAACGCCACGCUGCUGCCGUCCCUGCUCAUCUGCCUCGCCUCCAUCGCCGCCACCGUCUCCACCUACAACUCGCUCUUCUACUAGUACUAGCUAGCCGGUCGGCUUGGCUGGCGUGAGGCCGCGUCGGAACGUGGUUCCUUCCAGUGGCGGACCGGUCACGGUUCACGGGUGUGUUUUCUAGCGCGUGCGCUACUGUUGUGCGUUGAGUUUUUUUUUUUUAAAAUCAGGUUGUGCAUUGAGACGAGAGAGAGGGAGAGGCGUGACACGUUUGUGAGAUUUUAAUCAGCUCCGGGU